GGUCUAUACACUGCCAGUACAAGAUGUGAAACUUUGACUUCGCUCGUUGGGAUGGCGAAGAAAUGGACUCAUAAGUUAACCUAAAAUUAUGGUUCUGUCUACGUUAAUCGUGAAUUACCAGUUUUCUAGCAAAUUCGUAACGGGAAAGCGUAUUUGUAUUAAUCAUCCCAUGGACGUACAAGCAAUCAUAUACACAGCGUUAAGAAAGACACUUCAUAGCGUUAACAAAUUGGAAUUAGAAAUCGAACGCGAGCUUGCUUGACUUCUCUGUAGAGAUGGCAUUGUUAAGGUUGAUUCUGCGACACCUUGCCCUGCAAUGAAUGUGGGAGAAAAAUGAGAUUGGCCUCUGACAAGUUUCUUCCCCGAGAAUGAAUGAAUGUUGACUGGUGUUGCAGACGAAACACGAAAUGACAUCGAAAAGCGCGUUUGUACUUUUGCAAAAUUGCACUCUGUGCCAUGAUUGUGAAGACGAUUUAACAUCGCAGUCAGUCAAGGAGCAACGGAAAAGAUUUCAAGGUCUAUGAUUUCCAGCACAAUACCACGAAUUGGGAUUCCCACGCCAUCUCUCAGAUUCAAAUCGAUUCAUGAUGGUGAUUCACGCUGAAAUGUACGGCGAUCGAAGGGUGACUUGAAUCGCUUCAGAUUUGAUGUGAGUUAUUUAGAUACCAUCGGUCGACCUAGAUGGACAGUGCUUCGCCUCAACUAAUUUGGCCCGGGGCAAAUCAGCAAUUUCCCGGGGAAAAGCUGUCGGAGUUUAAAGACCGAAUUUCGAAGAAAGAAGGUUACAGACCUUGUGUUUUCUUCGUCACUGGCGACCUAUACAAAGGAGAGUGGAGCAAUAACAAGAGAGAUGGACGGGGUAUACACUUCUACAAAAGUGGAAAUCGGUACGAGGGAGAGUUUAAAAACGGGAAACGGGAAGGUCUUGGAACCUUUUGGGUCAUAGAUGGCAACAGAUAUCGUCCUACGUACAGAGGCCAUUGGAAGAAUAAUCUGUGGCAUGGGCCAGGACUUCUUUAUGGACUGUGUGGAGAAAGAUACGACGGCUACUUUGAAAAGGGCAAGAGAUCUGGACUCGGAAAGCAGAUUUACAGGCACUGGGAGUCCGAGAAAGAAGUAUAUCAUGUCUAUUACGGCGAGUGGGCAAAUGAUAAGCGGAAUGGUGUCGGUACUCUUACCUUAGUUAAUGGAAAUGUCUAUCAAGGCCACUGGAUUGAUGACUUAAAGCACGGUCUUGGAGUGUUUUACUAUAAAGAUAAGGAAUCCAAGUACGAAGGAUUAUGGAAGGAUGACGUGCCCGUGUGUGGAACAUACAGCAGAAAUGUGAGGUUUGACGAUGACGAAGAUAAGCUGCCCUUGCCUAUGUUGGAAAUGGCAAACUUCCAAAAGUUAGUUGGAGAUCUCAUAAGCGAUGCCUGGAACGCCCCGCCUCAAAGCACGCUAUGACAUCUCUCCAGAUACUGUUUGAUUCUCGUCAGAACCAAAAAGGCAUAUGCAUGGAACUCAAGGAACGUCUCAGCUUCGAUCAGACAUAUUAACUCAUGAAAACAGACAACAUUCAGCUCACUAAAUGAGUCCGUGUUGACAAUGCGGUCUACGGAGGUGAUUGUCCUAGUUAUCACACUCCAGUUAUCUAAUCCAAGGAGCCACUUUCGGAGUCGACCUGAGAUUUGAGCUUGCUGUCACCGCUCCAGGCGAAAGACAGCCAGAAGGACCAUACUCGUAUCACUUUGGAACCAAUUACGUCCAUCAAAACUGAGGGUUAACUCCGAAGAUAUGCAUUAUUUUACAGCCUCCGAUUGCCACAUCAUUCUUCAGCUACAUUUGCACCUGUAAUGUGAACCAUUACAAGGUCGGAACUCUGAUCAAAUUGUGCUCCCCGCUCUAAAUGUCUAUAGAUCAGUCGUCAUUUUCUAAGUCACAAACGAAGUAGCCUUUCCUUACUGCGCGAUGAGCAAAUCCCAGAACGAACAUGCUCGUGUUUACGUAGUGUCAAUGCCUGGCAGGGCCAAUGCUUUCAGUAGCUAGUGAGGGAACGCAAGAGGGACCACAGUAUCGUUGCCGGGAGAUAACGCGAUUGCGUAAAUGCAGACACUACUCCUCUAGUCUUGAGAAAACCUCCUUACGAUAAAAGUAUACUUACAGCCACUAUUACAUACUUCCGUUGAGAACAAUUUGUAGCAAGAAUUUGGACAUUUAAAAGACUUAUGUAAACUUGUUCUCACUCCAAAAUCUCCAAAUCAACAGUUAAC